AUGGCUUCAUUUGAUUUCCAAUCACUGUUUACGAAUGUUCCCGGUCGGGAGGUCAUACGUAUCAUGUGUGAUCAUGUGGAGCAAAACGAACUGAAAAUCGGUAUACCAGUAUCAGUUCUGGUACGACAAUUACUACUGUGCACAACAAACGUAUCGUUCUCCUUCCUUGGUUGGGCUUACAGACAAAUUGACGGUGUCGCAAUCCGAACUCCAUUGAGCCCCAUUCUGGCACAUAUGUUUUUGGCUCAUCUUGAGGAAAAGGCGAGCAAAAUCCUCGAACGUUCACAACUUUACAAACGAUACGUUGAUCAUGUUCUAGUCAUCACAAUAAGUCUAGAAGAGACAACAUGGAUUAUGGAUAAACUCGAUCGCCUGCAUCCGAAUAUACGAUUUACGAUGGAAACAGAAAUCGAAGAUACACUGCACUUCCUCGACAUUAAAAUCACUAGGAAUAAUGAUGGAACAAUGGCCAGAUCUGUUUACCGAAAAGAAACUUGGACAGGCCAAUGCUUGCAAUUUGACAGCUUUGUGUCUGUGGAAUAUGAACGUGGUCUGGUCCGAACACUAUUUCAAACAGCACGACAUAUCUGCACAGAAGACAUGAUUGACAACGAACUACGACAGCUGAAAGAAUCUUUGACUAGAAACGCUUAUCCCGAUGCGUUUAUCGAAAAGCACAGCAAGCCUAAAUUGAUCAGACAAACGGAUUGUUCAGCAGAAAAACUACUAGUCACCAUUUGUCUUCCAUUCAUACGUGAUGACAUCAAUUGCUUGCUCAAACGACCACUUGGAUCAGCGCUUGCCCAAAACAAAUAUUAUGCACCUGACCUCAGAAUUAUUCAUCGAACGAUUGAGAUCCCCACACCCUCGGUGAAACAACGUCCACCAAUGUACACCAAAUCGAAUCUGAUUUACCAAUUUCAGUGUAGUUGCGGAGCAACGUACGUGGGUCGAACAGAGCGCCAGUUACGUAACCGAGUGAUUGAAUAUAUUCCAAAUUGGGUACAACGUUUUGUGAUGCAAUCAGGGUCAGAUCAAAGGCAUAAUGACAACGUUCGAAACCAUAAGAUCCCGUCAUCGGCUGUCGGCCGUCGGCCGUCGGCCGUCGCUCGUCAUCUUCUGAUGACGCAACAUCCAGCUGACCGAACCACUGCGUUUCGGGUCAUUUACGUGGCAAAGAAUACCAGGCUUUUGAGACAAAUUGACGGUGUCGCAAUCGGAACUCCAUUGAGCCCCAUUCUGGCACAUAUGUUUUUGGCUCAUCUUGAGGAAAAGGCGAGCAAAAUCCUCGAACGUUCACAACUUUACAAACGAUACGUUGAUCAUGUUCUAGUCAUCACAAUAAGUCUAGAAGAGACAACAUGGAUUAUGGAUAAACUCGAUCGCCUGCAUCCGAAUAUACGAUUUACGAUGGAAACAGAAAUCGAAGAUACACUGCACUUCCUCGACAUUAAAAUGACUAGGAAUAAUGAUGGAACAAUGGCCAGAUCUGUUUACCGAAAAGAAACUUGGACAGGCCGAUGCUUGCAAAUUGACAGCUUUGUGUCUGUGGAAUAUGAACGUGGUCUGGUCCGAACACUAUUUCAAACAGCACGACAUAUCUGCACAGAAGACAUGAUUGACAACGAACUACGACAGCUGAAAGAAUCUUUGACUAGAAACGCUUAUCCCGAUGCGUUUAUCGAAAAGCACAGCAAGCCUAAAUUGAUCAGACAAACGAAUUGUUCAGCAGAAAAACUACUAGUCACCCUUUGUCUUCCAUUCAUACGUGAUGACAUCAAUUGCUUGCUCAAACGACCACUUGGAUCAGCGCUUGCCCAAAACAAAUAUUAUGCACCUGACCUCAGAAUUAUUCAUCGAACGAUUGAGAUCCCCACACCCUCGGUGAAACAACGUCCACCUCUGUACACCAAAUCGAAUCUGAUUUACCAAUUUCAGUGUAGUUGCGGAGCAACCUACUUGGGUCGAACAGAGCGCCAGUUACGUAACCGAGUGAUUGAAUAUAUUCCAAAUUGGGUACAACGUUUUGUGAUGCAAUCAGGGUCAGCUCAAAGGCAUAAUGACAACGUUCGAAACCAUAAGAUCCCGUCGUCGGCUGUCGGCCGUCGGCCGUCGGCCGUCGCUCGUCAUCUUCUGAUGACGCAACAUCCAGCUGACCGAACCACUGCGUUUCGGGUCAUUUACGUGGCAAAGAAUACCAGGCUUUUGAGACAAAUUGACGGUGUCGCAAUCCGAACUCCAUUGAGCCCCAUUCUGGCACAUAUGUUUUUGGCUCAUCUUGAGGAAAAGGCGAGCAAAAUCCUCGAACGUUCACAACUUUACAAACGAUACGUUGAUCAUGUUCUAGUCAUCACAAUAAGUCUAGAAGAGACAACAUGGAUUAUGGAUAAACUCGAUCGCCUGCAUCCGAAUAUACGAUUUACGAUGGAAACAGAAAUCGAAGAUACACUGCACUUCCUCGACAUUAAAAUCACUAGGAAUAAUGAUGGAACAAUGGCCAGAUCUGUUUACCGAAAAGAAACUUGGACAGGCCAAUGCUUGCAAUUUGACAGCUUUGUGUCUGUGGAAUAUGAACGUGGUCUGGUCCGAACACUAUUUCAAACAGCACGACAUAUCUGCACAGAAGACAUGAUUGACAACGAACUACGACAGCUGAAAGAAUCUUUGACUAGAAACGCUUAUCCCGAUGCGUUUAUCGAAAAGCACAGCAAGCCUAAAUUGAUCAGACAAACGAAUUGUUCAGCAGAAAAACUACUAGUCACCCUUUGUCUUCCAUUCAUACGUGAUGACAUCAAUUGCUUGCUCAAACGACCACUUGGAUCAGCGCUUGCCCAAAACAAAUAUUAUGCACCUGACCUCAGAAUUAUUCAUCGAACGAUUGAGAUCCCCACACCCUCGGUGAAACAACGUCCACCUCUGUACACCAAAUCGAAUCUGAUUUACCAAUUUCAGUGUAGUUGCGGAGCAACCUACUUGGGUCGAACAGAGCGCCAGUUACGUAACCGAGUGAUUGAAUAUAUUCCAAAUUGGGUACAACGUUUUGUGAUGCAAUCAGGGUCAGAUCAAAGGCAUAAUGACAACGUUCGAAACCAUAAGAUCCCGUCGUCGGCUGUCGGCCGUCGGCCGUCGGCCGUCGCUCGUCAUCUUCUGAUGACGCAACAUCCAGCUGACCGAACCACUGCGUUUCGGGUCAUUUACGUGGCAAAGAAUACCAGGCUUUUGAGACAAAUUGACGGUGUCGCAAUCCGAACUCCAUUGAGCCCCAUUCUGGCACAUAUGUUUUUGGCUCAUCUUGAGGAAAAGGCGAGCAAAAUCCUCGAACGUUCACAACUUUACAAACGAUACGUUGAUCAUGUUCUAGUCAUCACAAUAAGUCUAGAAGAGACAACAUGGAUUAUGGAUAAACUCGAUCGCCUGCAUCCGAAUAUACGAUUUACGAUGGAAACAGAAAUCGAAGAUACACUGCACUUCCUCGACAUUAAAAUCACUAGGAAUAAUGAUGGAACAAUGGCCAGAUCUGUUUACCGAAAAGAAACUUGGACAGGCCAAUGCUUGCAAUUUGACAGCUUUGUGUCUGUGGAAUAUGAACGUGGUCUGGUCCGAACACUAUUUCAAACAGCACGACAUAUAUGCACAGAUGACAUGAUUGACAACGAACUACGACAGCUGAAAGAAUCUUUGACUAGAAACGCUUAUCCCGAUGCGUUUAUCGAAAAGCACAGCAAGCCUAAAUUGAUCAGACAAACGAAUUGUUCAGCAGAAAAACUACAAGUCACCAUUUGUCUUCCAUUCAUACGUGAUGACAUCAAUUGCUUGCUCAAACGACCACUUGGAUCAGCGCUUGCCAAAAACAAAUAUUAUGCACCUGACCUCAGAAUUAUUCAUCGAACGAUUGAGAUCCCCACACCCUCGGUGAAACAACGUCCACCAAUGUACACCAAAUCGAAUCUGAUUUACCAAUUUCAGUGUAGUUGCGGAGCAACCUACUUGGGUCGAACAGAGCGCCAGUUACGUAACCGAGUGAUUGAAUAUAUUCCAAAUUGGGUACAACGUUUUGUGAUGCAAUCAGGGUCAGAUCAAAGGCAUAAUGACAACGUUCGAAACCAUAAGAUCCCGUCGUCGGCUGUCGGCCGUCGCUCGUCAUCUUCUGAUGACGCAACAUCCAGCUGA